UAUGUAUUACUAAGGGUUUUUUAGAGACAGACAGAAAGAACUCUAACAGAAGAAGUUUUCUGCAUACUCAGUGGAUCCCAAAGCACCAAUGGAUCCUAUACAAGAGAAAGCAAAAUAUAACUAGUUAACUGCUUGUUCAUGUUACAUGAAACCAUGAGUUGCGCAAUGAAAUGAAUUUGGUAAGAAUAAGGAGGGAAGUGAUGAAUAUCACGUCUUGCAACAUUUCCCACAGUACAACAGUUCCCUAUAAUGCAAGCGGUGAGGGAAACAGCCCUAUUUAUAGCUACACAACCAUUUAAAAUACAAGUUUUUUCCAUCUUCUUUGAGCCUCAAGACUAUCAUACAAAGGUAAAUGAGAUACAGAAUUUUGAAAAAUGAGGUAGGUUCAUCUUUAUCUUCUCUGACUGUUUUGUUUGUUGAGGUAUGCAGUAAGAUAUGAAGAUGGAUACUGGAACCCAAGGCUAGAAGAAAAAUGUCCUGGACAGAAUCUCAAAGCUGGCAUAGGAAUAAAUGGAGCUAAAUUGAACAAAGGUUUUUGCAAACAAAGUGCCUACUCCCUUCUUACAAACGGUCCUAGCCACAAUUUUCAUUUUCUUUACAUUUUUGGUACUGAAUUUGCAGCAAAAUUAGAUAUCCCUCCUAGAUCCACUUUUAUGCAUAUAUUCAAAAACAUCCUUGAAAGUACAUGAAUCAGGUAUUAUGAGCUAGUGACUUCAUCAUAACACGCUGCCCACUAGGUGAUUGGAGCUGACUGAUAUUGCUACAACUGAUUUUGACAUUUUCUGUUUGCGACUAUUACCCACUUGCCUGAUGUCUAUUCCUCUUAACUUUUCUUUAUAGCACAUAGACGGUCUUUAGACCUUAAGUUAGCAGUCAUCAAAUAUAUGUAUAUAACAUUUCAUACAGCAGUCCCAGGAUCAACUGCCUUAUUGUUUUGUGGCAGAAAAUUACAACUUCUUUAACUUUUGUACCAUUUAUCUGAACAUUUUUCUUACCGCUUCAGAGUUCUGUUUAAUCUUCUCUCCCUCAAGACCUGAGAGAUGGGCAGAGGUCUGGAGACUCAGAGCAUGAUAGUACACAAGAAGGAUUUAGACAGUGUGAAGACUGGGGAAGUUUUGGGGACAAGAGGAAUCUGUAGGAUGGCCUGUGCUUUAACCCUGUCUUGAAAUGGAAUAUGAGGCAGUUAAGCAAAAACAAGCAAACAAACAAGCAAAAAGAUACCUUAAAGGAGCAAUCCAGAAAGAAGAAGCCUGGGAGCAGUAUGGAAGUUGUUCAGAAUUACUGUAUUGGAAAGCCAAGUAAUUCUGUAACACAAUUUGAAAAGAAAUUAAAACAUUGCCGUAAAAAAACAUAGAUGUCUCUUUUGGAUAGUUAAGUAGAUCAACCUAGAAAAAAGGGCAGCUUUUAAAACGUGAAUCUUUCCCAAAGAAGCAAAACAGAAAUGCUCAUAAACAUGGCAGGUCUAAUGUUAACAGGAAAUCAGAAGGGAUGAAAGGAAGUGAAGAGCACCUUGCAAAUAUUCUCAAGCAGCUAACAAGUUCUUUAAAUAUAUCAACAGCAGGAAAUCAGCAGGGGAAUCAGUGGGAUGUCUUGGUGGCAGAAGUGUAAAUGGUCCCUCAGGAACCAUGAGGCUGCAACACAAAAUCUCAGUGCACACUUUGCAUCAGUCCUGCCAGAGGGGAAACUGUAGCAGAGAAGCUAGACCACUUUGAGAUAAAUAUACAGACAGUUUACUAAGUGGAUAAAUUAGAUAUAAAUAAGCCACCAGGACUAGUUGUCAUCAUCUGAGAACUCUGAAGGAACUAAACUGUGCAAUUGCAGAAUCGCUGGCCAAGGCACAUAGCUGCUCAUUAUAGUGCCGGAGUGCUGGCCCGUUGCCAGAGUAACUCCCACUUAUGAAAUGGCUCUAAAAGGGAUCUUGGUAACCACAGCCUACACCACCACAGUGACUCCGACGUCUCUUCUGGCAAGGUGGCAGAAGCUAUAACAAACAACAAGAUCCCCAAGGACAUGAAUUAAUGCAGCCUGCUGAGAAAGUGUCAGCAUGGCUUCAGUAUAGGGAAAUCUUGCCUCACUAGAGCCAUAGGAGCUGAAGGAUGGUGAGGAGGCAGGCAGUAUGAGCAGGUCAGACUAGAUAAAUUCAGGCGUGAGUGGUUCACUCCGACAUCAUCCACUCUGGGCAAGUUUUGCUGCUGUCUGUCUCCAAGGAAGAAGAGAUGGUUGCUCCUCUUGGGCUCAUCUUCAUGAUCCGAUGGAUGCUGCUGUUUGCUUCAGUGUGUGAUGGCUGGCAAUGCACAGACUUGGAGAUGCCAGACUCCCCUAUUAGAAAUUUGACACUGAAUCAGAGGAAAAUGGAACUGAGCUGGGUGAGCAGCAUGAAUUUCACUGAGUAUUCAUGUUCUGUGAAUGCAAGUGGUAGCAUGGCAAAGAAAAAGGUGAGGGAUACAACCUGCGUGUUUCAAAGAAGUAUAGCACCUCCUCUACAUAACGGUGCAAGCUUUACAGUUACAGCAGUGAAGAUCAACACUACAUAUUCAAGCAUAUGCACAUUUAUUCCACAAGGUAUGCCUGGGACAGCCAUUAAAAAUUUCUCCUGUGUGAUUUACAAUGUUUCCCUCAUGAACUGCACUUGGCAUGAGGGCAGGGAUGCUCCAGGUGAUACCCAAUACUUUCUCUACUGGCAGAACUCAAGAGAAGAAGAAGAGAAGGAAUGUGAGCUUUAUGUUAAAGAUGAAAAUGGGAGACACAUGGGAUGUCACUUCCAAAAUGUGACGAUAAAAGAUACAAUUACUUACUUCGUGGUGAAUGGGUCUAGCAAAGACUCCCUGAUCCAGUUCUAUGAUCAGUACAUUGACCUGUAUACAAUUGAAAAGCUCCCCCCCCCAUUAAAUGUCACUGCCAACUGUGGUGGAAUUCAAAAAGAUUGCAUAAUUCAAUGGCAACGACCCCAAAUAAGUCAUUCAAGCAAAGACAGGUGUUUUAUAUAUGAAGUUGACAUAAAGCAUAAGGCUAAUCCUGAGGAAAAGACCAAAGAUACUUAUAUAACAGAAAGAAAAAAGAACUACACAUUUCAAAAUUUCAAUAAGAAAAAGAGGUACCUUCUGAAAAUCAGAGCAGCUGGCAAUGGCUGUCUUGUAAACACAGCCUGGGGGGAGUGGAGUGCACCUGUUAAGUUUGGAAAUGAAGAAGUUAUUUCUCCUUCAGUAUUGGUCUUACUUCUGAUUGCAGUUGCAACACUCUUAGCAGCAAUCCUCACAAUUUUUUUCUGCAAAAGGACUGGCUAUUGGAAAGCAGCAUUUCCACAAAUCCCAGAGCCUAAAAAUGCAUUUCGUGUACUGCCUGAUACAACUCUAGAGACUGAGUGCAAAAUGCAAUCGAUAACACCGGAUACUGAAGAGAUAAUAUUAGUUGCUGAAGUAAUGAAAUAACCAAAGUAAAACAAGGAAUUUGCAAGUGUAUUUCUCAGCUCAGACAACUGUAUAUCCUUCUGUAAAUUCUGGCAUAACCCUUAGGCUUUCACCACUUUCUUCCUUUCAAAGACAAGAACAGUAGUGCAGCCAAAAGAGAUGGUUACCUCUUGUGCAAUUUUUUGAAAUCCCAUUUUAUUUGCUUUUAAUUUGGACUGACUUCAGCUGUUUGGAUAACUGUCCUUUUUGGAUAUCAUCCUUUUUGUGAAUAUGAUUAAAAUAUUUCAAAUUGAAA